CCAGUUUUGUUUGCAGUCUCUCUCCUUCUCUCUUCAUCUGCUUCGUCUUCUUCUUCUCGUUCUUCUUCAGGUAUUAGGGUUUUCGAUCUUCUUUCGCAGCUUUUAGAAUCAUCAUUGGAGUUCAGCGAAUCGAGAUUCACCUGUCUGAGAGCUCUCGUUUCAUCUUUUUCCGAUUCGAUUUGGCACUACGUACUGUUUUGGUCUGAAAAUGCUUGAAAUCAGGGUUUUUCCCCUCUAGGUCUAGCGGGUCGGCUUUUUGGACCGAAAUGCUGACCACUGGCGAGGUCUCCUCACAGGUGGUCUAAAAUACUUGAACCCAUGAAUGAAUGCUUCGGAUUCAUAUAAGCAGCCAACAGUUGUACCUGAAUCUGAGUUACUUGUGAUGAACAUGGUAGCCUGUGAUAAUCGUUGACUAGAUAUAAAAAAGUUGGGUUUGAGAUUAACUUGGGUCUUGGUAGCUGCCUGAAAGGGUUGAAAAGUUUGUGUAGACUGUGGAAGUGUAAAUCUGGUCUUGCUGUUUGGUUGUUGGGAAGUUAUCUGAUACUGCUGCUGUUGAAUCACUUUGUGUAUGGUUGUGCUGGUUUGCACACAAGGCUUCCAACAUUGCUUCUGGGGCUCCUUGCGUUGUUGUUGUUGUUUAUUUGACGGCAUUUUGACGUUAUUGGUGGGACCUUUCCGUAUCCAUGCUGGCGGAGAGCAUGCGUGGAAUCUGUGCUUCGGGUAAUGCCCCUGACCAGACUCGUCACCGAGGCAUUCGGUGUGGUGACAAUCUCUCUAGUAUUUUUAUUGGUACUGUUCGGUGUACUCUGCAUACUUUAUUCAGUUUACUUCCAAGCUCGGAUCAGAAGACAAGGCUUUGCUCAACUUCGAUAUUUUAAUGGACCAUGGAUCAUCCGAAUCACGCUAAUCUUUUUAGCAAUUUGGUGGUGUUUUGGGGAAAUUGUGCGCUUGAGUUUCUUGAGACAGGAAAAAGUGUUGCAUUUCCUCACCUUGAAAUGGCAGGAGAAUGCCUGCAAAUUUUACAUCCUUUCAAAUAUGGGGUUUACAGAACCAUGUUUGCUCCUCACCCUUAUGUUUCUCCUUCGAGCUUCCUUGCAGAGGAGGGAUUCAGGAACUUUAAGCCGACGGUGGAAUGGAAAGACAGCCAGUUAUAUUCUUCUAUGUUGCAUUCCUAUGUUUGUCCUUCAGCUCAUUAUCAUAUUAAUUGGGCCCAGAUUCAACAGUGAUAACUUUGCAUGGAAGAUACCCCAUUCCUUCAUAACAGCAGUUGUGCACCAUGAUGAUGUAGCCUUUUGCACUUACCCUUUACUGAGUACAAUCGUCCUUGGGCUUUUUGUAAUUCUAGUAACUGUCUAUUUGCUAUGGCUUGGAAGGCGUAUGGCGCAUUCAGUGAUCAACAAGGGGUUGCGGAGGAGAGUUUAUUGGUUGAUCUUCUCCGUGACCAGCUUCCUCCCAGUAAGGGUUCUUCUGCUUGGUUUAUCUGUUCUAUCUCGACCAGAGCAUGUUUUGUUUGAAGCUGUAGUCUUUCUAGCUUUUCUUGUUCUUUUAUCUUGUGCCGGGGUGGGUAUCAUCAUGCUUGUCUACUGCCCGAUUGUGGAUUCCUUGGCCUUGAGGGUGAUUAGGGAUUUGGAAGCCAGAGAUAGGUCAGAUUUCAACAAUGAUACUGCUUCUCUUGUUGCUAACCAGAGCCUUCUUGAAAUGGGUUCAGUCGCUAGUGUUGCGAGAAACUCGGAUGCUUCAACAAAGCGUGGGUCAAUCUCCUUCAGGACUAUGGUGAAGGAUGAUGCUUCAACAGAGGUCUUUGAGGAAUUGUCUCUCUUCUCUCCUGAUUCUCAUCGACUUGUGACCUCUCCACCUGGCUCUCCACCGCUUCCAGGGCGGCCCAUGCUCCACCCUUGAACACUUUUCUGCACAUUAGAAUCAAGAGGGUGGGACUGUUGUUGUUAUAUCAGUUUUGUGGUAAUGAAAGGUUAUAUGUAAAGGGGUUGCUUCAACAAUUUAAUAAGGAUCUCUUGUUCAUAGGAAUUGGUAGCUGUAUUCUCAAAUUUUUGUUUUUAUGAGAGAGCUGUUCUGCCUGCCUUCCAAGUGCA